UAACUAAUGCAGUUUGUAGAAUAUUCCAGUUAGUGUACGAUGAGCGAAGACUAAACAAUUAUUAUAGUUACACUCGAGUUACAUCUCUUUCCCGAGUAUACUGCGACUACAAUUCACCUAACCGUUUCAUAUAUAUAUAUAUGUAUACUUAUUAUCUAUUUGGAUUCGCGACUUAGUCAAAAUCAAAGCGAUUGUGCCAAACAGUGCUGGGCAAUGGAGUCGAGUAUAGCGGGGUCGUUCGGAAAUGGGAUAGUUUUUAUCACCGGAAGUACGGGGUUUUUGGGUAAAAUGCUCGCAGAGAAAUUAUUGAGAUGUUGUUCGGUGAACAGUAUUGCGAUACUAGUCAGAAGCAAGAAAGGGCUUAGCGCAAGUCAACGGGUUGAGGAUAUGUACAAAAAAUCUCUAUUUGACCGACUUCGUAGCGAAAAAUCAGAUUUUAUGCAAUCAAUCAGAAUUAUCGACGGACAUUUAGAUGAUUCGUCGAUGGGUUUAUCAUCAUCAGACCGAGAGUGGAUGAUAGAAAAUGUAAACUUUGUUUUCCAUUGCGCGGCUACGAUUAAAUUCAACGAACCCCUCGAGUUGGCGUCGAAAAUAAACAUCCAAGGCACUGAACAUGUAUUGGAAUUAGCAUCACAAAUGAAGAAUCUGAAGGGUUUCGUGCACGUGUCAACAGCUUAUUCGCACUGUCCGAGGAGUGUAAUCAAAGAAGAAUUCUAUCACGUACCAAUCACGGCUAAAGAACUAAAAAAUGUAAUUGUUGACGAGGAAUUAUCUUUGAAAGUUCUGGAAGAUUGGCCCAAUACGUACACUUUUACAAAAGCAGUCACGGAAAAUAUGAUACUAACCAACGGAAAUCACUUGCCGAUAUCAAUAUUUCGUCCGUCGAUUAUCGGAUGCACGAAAUCUGAACCAGAACCUGGCUGGUUGGAUAACAUGAACGGACCAACAGGUUUGGUUACCGGAGUCUUGGUUGGAUUUUUGAGGACGGUACCAAACAUCGGGAGCAAUAUAACAGAUAUUAUCCCUGCCGAUUACACCGUCAACGCAUUGAUUAGCGUCAUGUGGGACACAGUUAACAGACACAAACAGUCGAACGGAGUGAACAAGGUACCGAAAAUAUAUAAUUACGUUUCAUGUGUCGAAAGUCCUUUGACAUGGGGUAGAUAUAUCAGAGAAAUGCACGAUCAAUAUUACGUAGCUCCUCCUUUGCAAUCGAUGUGGUACGGUUUUUAUAUUUUCUAUACGAAUUUAAUGGUCGGAAGUAUUUUGAGAUUUUUCUUACACCGAAUACCAGGCGCAUUUAUGGACUUAUUAUUGAUUUUGUGUGGUAAAUCUCCCAAAAUGUUGAGGAUGUAUGCGAAAACAGAAAAUAUGAUCGAUCUACUUUAUGAUUUUUCCAUAAGACAAUGGAUAUUUGACAAUAGCAAUUCAAGAGAAUUGUGGUUGUUGCUAAGUCAUGAUGACCGGGAAAUGUUUCGGUUCAGCUUACAGGAAUUUGAUUGGAAACCAUAUAUAAAAAGCUAUUAUUACGGGAUCAGGAGACAUGUACUGCUCGAAGACCUAAGCAACGUUGAGAAGGCAACGUCUAAAAAUCGACAGUUAUUGUGGCUUCAUCGGUUGUGUGUGGUUCUAACUAUUUAUGCCGUGCUGCAAUUGUGUUGGACUUUUAUAAAAUGUACAUUUUGAAAAAAAAUUGUCGACAAUGUAUAUAAAUAUUAGUGAAAUCAAUUAUCUGCGAGAUAGAAAAAUAUAAUAUAUGUUUUUAUAUUUUAUUUCACACGGGAAAUCAGCUGUUCGCAUAUUUUAUCAUGGUAUAUAAUAUUAUAGCUUUACGAUUUAAAUCAGCGAAUCAGAUUGGAAUUAUAAAUUCUAUGAUGAGCCACAGCACUGGGUCACUGGGACUCAUAUCUUUCAAAUUUAAUGAAUUUUCACUUUAUUUUUUAAGUGACAGUUUUCACCUUUAGUUUUUAUAAAAAUGUAACAUUUAAGAUUCUAUGAAUAAAAGAUUAAAUUAAUUUA